AUGCCAGGGACCCCUGGCACCCAAGCAGACACGUCAUCCGCACCACCCUCUUUGACAUAUGUUAUUGUUCUCGCAAUCGCGCUUUCAUUUACCCUCACCAUUCUUCUUGCAACGAUGAUAUUUCUCGUGUGGAAACGUCGAGUGGGAAAGACUAGACAUGAUGAGAUUAUUGAGUCUCGCAGUCACAUUCCCCCUUGCCGACCCCCAAGGUUGUACAACUCACAGGCUAGAUUUGACAAGGCCGAGCUCGACACUGGCUCCUGUGAGCUUCAGAGAUCGCUGAGCGCCAAAGACGGCGUUCGUGCUACCCGUUCUCCGGCAGAGCUGCCAGCCACGCCGGUUAGCAGGAGGCUGGAAGCCGCUCUGGGCAAGGAGAUGAGAUGGUUCUAA